UUCUGUCGCAUCAUGCGUAAAAUAAGAGCAAGCAAAUGCGACUCAGCCUGUCCGCUUAAUACACACGCUUGCAGUUUCUCUCUUGACCACUCGUCUACAUGCACGAAGAAUUUUCCGUACUCGUUCAAGUGGGUGUAGAGACAGCAUGCGUGUGUGUGGAACCUUAUCAUUAAGCGAUGGCACACAUUUAGCAAGUGCAGAGAUGUUGGUUCAGGUCGUGGCAGCGGUUCUAGUUGUCAUUGUUCUGUUAAGGACGACUUACAAAUACAGGACACAGCAAAACACUGAAACAGCUAAGCUGAGUGCAUUUCAGCUCACCUGCUCUCCUGAUGUCAUGCUUUCCAGAGCGGGAAUCAUGGUAGGGGUGACUGCCCACAAGAUCAGUAAGCAUGUCACCCUCCUCGUGAAUGACAUAGCGGCAACUCCAGCAUCCACCAUUCCACCUGGUCAGCCCAAACCUUUGUGUCUGUUGUUGCCUUGGCUGGGCUCCAGACCACAGGCCAUCGGAAAGUAUUGUGAUAUUUACAUCCGCACCGGCUUUGAUAUACUUGUUGUAGAAAGUGAGGUGAGCCAGUUCUUGUGGCCUCGUUGGGGCCUGGAAAAUGGUGCCCGUGUGCUUGAACUGUUAGAGAGCGAUCGCUUUUCUCAGCGCCCCCUGCUGGUCCAUGCCUUUUCCAUAGGGGGGUACACAUUCAGUCAGGUUCUUGUUCAUGUGGCUGAAGACAACCAGCGUUGCCAAAAGCUGACAAAUAGGAUCAGGGGUCACAUCUACGACAGCCUGGUCAUGGGUUCAUUGGAUCACAUGGCUGUCGGAGUUGGUAAGACCAUGUUCCCCCGGCUGGAAAGUCUCAUGAGGAGAGCUAGCCAUCUGUAUUUCCGUGCCUUUAAACGCCAGACAGUCGACUAUUUCAACUUGGCAAUCAGUGUGUUCUGGAACACUCCCGUGACGACGCCUGCCCUGUUUUUCUUUUCUGAGAAUGAUGUGCUGUGUGAUUAUAAGAGCUUGGAGGAGAUGAUAGAGUUUUGGAGGAAGCGGGGCAUAACUGUGGAGAGCAAGAAAUGGGAGGAGUCUGUUCAUGCAGGUCAUCUACGUACCCAUCCACAGGAAUAUCUAUCCACACUGGAGAACUUUGUGCAAUCUCUCAAUAUGGUGCCUCUGAAGGCCAAAAUGUGAUUCUGCUGUCACUAUCAUUUAUUUGAUCAAAUAUCAGAUUAGCCUGAAGUGCCUGGGUUUUAUCAGUCACCAGACAUUUUUGUCUUGUUGGGUCAAUUGGUAUUAGGUCAGAUUCAGUGUUUAUUAAUCCUUGUUAGUGUUUUCAAAGAUAUAACAUAACUAAAUUAAAUUCUUUUUUUAACCCAAAUAUGUAAUACUUAAAAACAGUCUGGCGUGUUUUGGUUUAUUUUUGUACAAGACUACAAUCCCAAAUCCAUCCAGAUUUCAAAAGCACUGUUCAUUUAAGGGGGUAUAACAUUAUUUUGUAAAUGUUUAGGAUAUAUUAUUGAUAAUAGAAGUGUUAACUUAAAAGGAAGUUGCUGUGAAGAUUUUUUUGUUUUACUUGUUUGCAAAAGAAAAAACUAGGGCUGGGACUUUAUCGCGUUAAUUACGAUUAAUUAAUUACAGAAAAAAUAACGCGACAAAAAAAUAAUGCAUUUAAUCGCAAUUUAUUUUUGCACUCCCAAACAGCGCGGAACGUUGCACGAGUUCCCGGCAAAAACGUAAUACUGAUGCACAGGACACAACACGAGAAAUGGAAACCGAUGAGAAGUCGUUGCUGGGAUCGGUGGGCGGAAAUUUUAGUUUUAAAAAACUACCGGGUGGAAACCUGGAUAAAAGCACAGUUGUGUGCAAAUUGUGCAAAAAAGAAUUUGCCUAUCACCGGAGCACUUCCAGCCUCCGCUACCACCUCAAUGCCAAACAUGUUGCAGCUAGCACAGACGACGCUCCUAGUUCGAGCAGGCAGUGUCGCCAAUCCACACUCGAACACUUUGUUAACACUCAGUGAUGAAAAUAAACACGAUUUUGUUGUUUAAGCUCA